AUGCCUGGACUCGGGGCCGACUCAGAGCAACAACUACGCCAUGCUUGUGACCGCUGUCACUCACAAAAGCUGCGAUGUCCUCGUUCAGUAGAUCCGGAGAAGAACAACCCGGACGAGCCUUGCUCCCGGUGCCGCAAGGCAGGAUUGCCUUGGGAACAACAUGAAGGUGUCGACGCUGUCGAAGACCAUCUUAUCACGGCAGUGCUGGAUCUAGCCCCAAGACAAACCGUCGCCACCCCGCCGCCAACGAUAUCCGACGAGGUCGGCAUGGAGCAUCCUCCCUCUCCUCCCCCGACGCAUGCCUCAGACAGACUGGUCACUUCAGAGACAUCCUACGACUUUUUCCUUACCGACUUCGACACCAGCCUGGACCUUCCCACCUUCUGCAUCCCUAAUGACCUAACAAACGGGCUUGAACCGGCGGCAAAGAUGCCAUCCCCCAUUGGCCAGACCGGAGGCACGCCGGUUGAUCCAAGCUUGAUGAAGGAAAUGAUGAGUGGGGCCUUUGACUCGAAUCAUAUUCCGCCGGCCAGGCCACCACUACAUCCCUUCUCCAGCAAUGAUUGCUACAUGAAGCUCUCGGAUCUUAAUGCCAGGAUUCUCGCCUCUUAUACAGAGACAACAUCCUCAGCAAGCACGUACAGCACCCAAAACCUCAAAGUUGCGGUUGGCUUUUGUGGCGAGUUGAUCGAUGUGGCUCGCCGCAGUUUCACGCAUUUCGUGGGCUUCUCCCCGCCUUCGAGUAGCCGAAGCAGUGUUUCCAGGUCAACACUUUCCGGGACGGAGCACCCUACAGCAUCUCGCCCAAGAGAGGCGUCCAUCAACUCGGGCCUCAGCGUGGACGACAUGGAGUGGACGGGCCCCGAAUCGCUCACAAACAACCCAUCAAUAAUUGUUCCCGACUCGGCGGUCAUCUUCCUUCUGCUCGGAUGCUACACGCAGAUCCUGCGUCUAUUUGAGGUCACCACUAACCACCUGUGGGCCUGGUAUGGUGACGAUGAGAUGCCAGCAACCAGCAGUAACCAGCACAGCUCGGGUAUUGUUAGUAGUCCACUGCUGGAGGCGGCCUUGGCAGUACACACCGUGGGGUACCUUCUCGGCCGGCUGAACAAGGCGUUUACCAUUGACGAGCCUGGGUGUCAUCCGGGGGCAGGGGACGGCGCGUCUAAUGUCCAGAGGUGGAAGAGGUCUUUUCUUGGUGGCAAGGAGCUUGAUGACGGUCUUCUGGCACGGGCAUUCGACGAGAUUACCGGGCGGGAGCAGCGGUUGAUGAGGAGGACGCAGGAUCUCCAACAGAGGAUAAACUAG